UAAGGAAAAUGGACAAUGUAGCAUAACAAAUUUAAAUAGUAAUUAUAUAACUUAUUCACUUUGAGAAGUAAAUUAGGUUUUAAUGGCUGGAAAAUUUAAGGAUGGAAUUAAAUUGGGAUCUUGGAAAUAUUUAUCAAGAAUGAGAUAUUAUAGCCAAAUUGAAAAUAUGUAAAUUUUCAAAUUUAUUAAAUAGUGGAGAAGGAAAAUACAGUGAGGAUGGAUUAAUGAAUGGAAAUUGGAUUGAUUUGGAUGAUAUGUAUUUAGGGUAUUUAAUAUUUUAUUAAUAAUAAGUUUUUUGUCGUUGUAAUUUGUGGGAAAAUAUAAAAAUGGAAAAAAAGUUGGAAGAUGGGAUAUCAAAUUCUAAACAGGAAAAGAUCUUUAUCAUUAUUAAUUGAUGU